AUGGCUCGGAGGUGGUGGAUAAUUAGCUUCUUGUCGGUAGCGAACGAGUGGCCCUUCGACACUUUCUCCUUUGGAUGCACCGUAAGAUACAACGACUGGUCGAAAAAUGCCGGAGGCCUUCUACCAAGGCCCACAUCUUCCGGAAGCUUCCGUGCGUGCGAAAACGAUGAUGUCAAGACCAAAGACACAAUCAAGAACAUGGAAAGAAUAUUAAAUUCUGAUUAUAUUACGGCUGGAGGCUACGCUGUUAUCCUACGUGCUAGCACUAGCGAGCUCGGACAAAAUGGUCCAAAGCAAAAGGGUGCCCGAAUUUCAAUAAGGGUUGACCGGGUGCACCGUUUGGUGGAGAAAGGCUUCGUUGACUAUGCUCUGUACUUCUUCGACACAUUGGCCAUCGAGUGGGCGGGCCCUGAUUGCCUUGCCCUGUCCGUGGCGGCCAUGUUGGACUUGCCCACUUGUUGGGCCACAAUCGAACUUGGUGGAUCCUCAUAUGCACCUGCCUGUCAGCGGUCAGAGUUUCAGUCAAAAUCCCUAAAUUUCCAGUUCUGUUUUUCCUUUGAUUCGCGUCGAUUUCUUUUUUUUUUUUGGAUGGUGGGCUCGGACGAAAUAAAACCCCCUCACAGAUCGGUGGAAAAGGACGGCGGCUCGAAAGCCUUUAUCUUCGAGUUUAGGACAAACUUCACCAUGAAGAGAAGAGGGGAGAAGCUGAAAUCGGGGAUUUGGAGAGCUUUAGGCUUAUGCUGGGCGAAGACCUCAAUUUUGCCCGAGAGGCAGCAGCAGACCCUCAGAACGCUGCCCUGGAUAAUCCCAGUCGUGGUGGGCCUCGAGGUCUGCACGGCCCAACAAGAUGGUGAGCCCGUUGAGGCCGCUAUGGCCCGAGCAAUCAGGGCCCAGAACGUACGGGCCUCGUUGGUUGUUCUAUCUGCACAGCUUAGGCAAGAUAAGGGUUAA